AUGUGGACACUUCACCUGCUAUCGAGCAGAUCGCCGACGAAGAGAGCUAGUGUAUCAACAAUAGGAGAAGAGGGUACACCUUCCAAGCGAGCUAGAGUAGAUCCACCCUCAUCAAGUGCUGGCAGGUUUACCGAACCCAUCCAGCAUGGAGCUACAACAGGUCAAAGCAAGAUCGCCCCCAAAAAGGACACAGUACAAGACGCAUCGGCAACAUCCGAGGUGGAUGAUGAUAAAGUGAUAGCCGCUGGUGAAGGAGACGUAAAUGUAGACGGGGAGGAAGAAGAAAGAAUCGGUCCUUGGGGAUUUACGAAGUCUGAAAUUGAUCGAUUUCCAGCUUUGAGGAAAAAGAAUUUUUGGUGUAUCCAAAGACAUUCUGCUACAGCAAUGCAUUACGAUCUUAGGAUGCAGAUUGAUGGAGGAACGAUAAGUUGGGCGGUGCCCAAAGGGCUGAUAGGCAUAUCCAAGAACGGAGAAGCUAAUAGAUUAGCAGUUGAGACUACCGUACAUCCCAUCAGCUACACGACAUACGAAGGCUCCGAUGGAAGAAAUUUCUCAGCAGGGCGAAAAGGUGGAACUUUAUUGUGGGAUAUAGGUGAAUAUGCUAUUACAAGACCUUCAUCAUCUAUCGAUUCGACAUCAGAUGAAGAGAGGUCAUCUAAAAGGAGGAGACAGAGGCGUGAUGCAGAUGAACAAGAAGAAAGCGAAAAUCAGGAUGGGAAGUACCAAGAAGAUCUUUUUAGACAAGCGCUCAAUAGGAGAGUAGGAUAUGGGAAAAGUCAAAGUAUACAUUUCAUAUUACGAGGAGGCAGGAAGAUGACGAAUCAUCAUUUCAUCCUUGUUCUGGCUCCAUCAACCAGACAUACCUUCUCGUCCACUGGAGUGAUCAAGAAAACAUGGUUCUUACGCUUACCACGUGAAGUUGACGCAUACCCUUGGGAUCGAGGAGGUGAAGAAGGGAAAUUCUGGGGAAGGAGCGUGAAGACUGGUAGAACAUUGCGAGAAGUCACAGAGGGAUUUGUGAAAAGACCUGAUAGGUGGAAAUCUGAAGAAGACAGAUUUAAGGGCUGGUUUGGAGAUGAAGAUUGA